AACAGUCUGUCAUAAUAUUUUAUUGUAUUGAGAUAAAUAAAGAUUUAUUCGAGUUACAAUAUUCCCCCAAAGAAAGCAAAAGUCAUGCAAAAAGAAACGUACACCGACGAACACAACAGCCAUGGAACCUCCUCUGAUGGUCUCCUCAGGGUUUCUUCCAGCAGCAACGCUGCUGGAAUCACUGAUCCUUGUCUCCGAUGAAGUCGCGUCGGUGGAGAAGGCUCCUCUCCUGCAGAGGAAGAACAUCUCAACGAUGAUGAGAAGGAUAAGGUUACUGUCCUCGUUGUUCGAGGAGAUCCAAGAACAAGUGCAGAAGCAGCCACUCCCACCAUCUUCAAUGUUGUGCCUCACCGAGCUCUACUCCGUUAUUCGAAGGGUGAAGAUUCUGAUCGAGAGCUCCGUACAAGGCAGCCUCUUGUGGAAUCUCAUGCAAACUGAAAGCGUCUCAAAUCAGUUCUACACAUUGGUGAAGGAGAUGGGCAGGGCACUUGAUAUCCUGCCUCUGAGCUUGCUCGAUUUGACGGCAGAUACCAAGGAGCAGGUUGAGCUCCUCCACAAGCAGGCAAGGAGAGCUCAGCUGUAUGUGGACCAUAUCGAGGCUCAGACAAGGGAUGAGCUCAUCCGAACCGCGGUCAUAAACAGCGUGAGGAAUCAAGAGAGCAAGGGCUUUGUUGAUCUCAUAAGAGUCAGAGACAGUUUGAGCAGCAUUGGUCUAAAUAGCCCAGCACAGGUUGAAGAAGAGAUUUCGAAGCUUGAGGCAGAAGCAGAGAAGCAAGCAGGCACAGGUGGGCUUGUAGUGGUUUCUAAUAUUAACAGUCUCAUAUCCUUGAUAUCAAUAUCAAGAACUGCAGUUUUCAGUGUGGAAGAGAACUCCACAACUCACGAAGAUCUGAAGAAGCGAAAGGUGCCCACAAGCAAUCGCCAAGAUCAGUCAUUUUCUAGCUGUGUGGCAGUGAGCGUACCUGAUGAGUUCCGCUGCCCGAUCUCACUGGACUUGAUGAAUGAUCCUGUGAUCGUAGCAUCGGGGCAUACCUAUGACCGGAGCUCGAUAGCACAGUGGAUAAAUUCGGGUCACCACACGUGCCCGAAGAGCGGGCAGAGGCUGAUCCACAUGGCCCUCAUACCGAACUAUGCAUUGAGAAGCUUGAUCCAGCAAUGGUGCCAAGAGAACAUGAUCCCAACCACAUCGUCUUCGGAGGUGGAAAGAAGUGGUAGCAAGAGAAGAUCUUCUUGUGAGGCUGCUGUUGAUCAUAUCUCUGUGACUAAAGCUGCUGCAGAUGCUGUAAAGAUGAUGGCCGAAUUUCUGGUAGGGAAGCUAGCAACGGGAUCACGAGAUAUCCAAAGGCAGGCAGCUUAUGAGCUCCGGCUGCUUGCAAAAACUGGAAUGGAUAACCGCAGUAUAAUUGCAGAGGCAGGAGCUAUUCCAUUUCUGGUCACUCUUCUAGGUUCACCUGAUUCGAGAAUCCAGGAAAAUGCAGUGACAGCAUUGCUCAACCUCUCGAUACAUGAGAACAACAAGAUGCUCAUCAUGGCUGCCGGAGCAAUUGGCAGCAUAGUGGAAGUCCUGCAAUCAGGAAAUACAAUGGAGGCGAGAGAGAACGCAGCAGCAACAAUCUUCAGCCUGUCAAUAAUAGGUGAGCAUAAAGCAAUUAUCGGUGCUCACCCGCGAGCUAUUCCAGCACUGGUGCGGCUCCUAGGUGAAGGAACAACAGCAGGAAAACGUGAUGCUGCUACAGCACUCUUCAACCUUGCACUUUUCAAUGCUAACAGAGGCAAGGUAAUACUCUCGGGCGCAGUCCCAUUGCUUAUUGACCUGCUGACAGAUGAUAAGGCGGGUAUCACUGAUGAUGCCUUAGCAGUGCUUGCCCUCCUUUUGGGAUGUGCUCAAGGACUGGAAGAGAUAAGGAGGAGCCGUGAUCUUGUACCCCUUCUUAUCGAUCUUUUGAGAUUCGGAUCUUCCAAGGGGAAGGAGAACGCGAUUACCCUUCUUCUCGGACUCUGCAAAGAUGGGGGAGAGGAAGUUGCACCAAGACUAUUGAUGAAUCCAUUCAGCAUUCCUUCUCUUCAGAGAUUGACAGCUGAUGGCUCGUUAAAAGCUCGACGAAAAGCUGAUGCUCUGCUUAGAAUACUCAACAGAUGCUGCUCUCAAAUCCCAAUUCAUGCUGGAUGUUAAAAAGCUUCAGUUUGUUCUUCUACUUCUUUGUCCCUUUGCCUGGUUAUACCACAUUGAUCAAUGUCUUCUGUAAAUGUGUAAACAACACCAACAAACAGAUGAUUUAUAUUACAUAAGCAACACUUUGCUUUGUU